GUGUCUCCAUCCAGUGUCAAUCUCCAAGAACACCUCCAACUGACCCCACUCCCUCACAACACACACCACUCCCUCCACGUCAAACACAGCCACAGCCAGUCCUCCACUUCCUGAGAGAGGGAGAAGGCACUCCACCUCUUCCUCCUCCUCUUUCACUCUGGAGAAGCCAUACAAGUGAUCUUCAUUUGUUUCCUGAGCUUUUGUAGCCACAAACAAGUGGCUCUGGGUAGAGAAUACGCAACAGACAUUCUCGCCUGAAGAUCGGGUCGGUGCCUGGCGAAACAAGUCACGAAGCACCUGACUCCCCGUUAGUCGCGGCCAAACGUCCCAGACGCGGACGACCUCGAAGAGAGCCAUUUCAAAUAGCGCCCACCACCCUGUCAGCUGUUUUUGUGGGGGCGUAGACUUGUCCUGGACGUGAUGGGGGAUGGAACUCAGCUGGAAGUUUACCGAGACGCAGUGCACUGGUUGCAGCUGGCCGCAGACGAGAGCAGCAAACCUGGAGAUGUGGACCUUGCAAAGCUGUUGGCUUGCCAUGACUGUGCAAGGAAGCUUGUGCAGAGGCUGCUCAACAUUGAGCAGCACCCAGUGAGGAGAAGUGGUCUGUGGCAACUAAUGGCAAGUCUGGACAACCACCAGUCUCUUUUUCAAGGGAGGCUUAGGCAAAAACAUGGGGACAAUGGGGGCGGGCGUGCAAGUGCUGGAGAUCAAACAGACCAGAGGAGACUUAGUAUAGUGAGCAGUUUGAUAAGAGCUCCUGGGGACUUCACUCUUGCCAGCUGUGUUGGUCUGGAAGAUGUGAAGCAACUCCUUCGAGAAGCUGUCCUUCUUCCUCAUACCCACCCUCACCUCUUCUCUGGCAGGAGGCGGCCAUGGCGACGUCUCCUCCUUUAUGGCCCACCUGGCACGGGGAAGACUCUGCUUGCCCACGCCAUUUCCUCUGAGAGCCUGGCUGUCUUUUAUAGUGUAUCCAGUGCAGACAUUCUCUCUAGCUGGGUUGGAGAGAGUGAAAAACUGGUCCGAGACCUGUUCUCCCAUGCCCGGCAGCAGACAAGCCAGCCUGUCAUUGUGCUUAUCGAUGAAGUAGACAGUUUAUGUCGUCGAAGAAACAUGAAGGAGGAAGAUCACUCCCGAAGAAUAAAAACGGAGCUGCUCAAACAAAUGGAGAGCUUUGGGAAUGACAAUAUCGUUGUCUUGUGUACUACCAACUGUCCUUGGGAGCUAGACCCAGCUUUCCUGAGACGGUUUCAGCGGAAGAUAUUUGUGGGUCUUCCUAACAAGGAGGCUCGCUGCCAGAUACUAGGCCUCCACCUCGGGUCUGCUGGUGUGGCCAUCAGUGGAGAAGACAUGCACAUGCUGUCUGAAUGUACAGAGAGGUACAGUGGUAGUGAUUUAGCUCAUGUGGCGUCAGAGGCAUUGAUGCGACCACUGCGAGAGCUGGAGGGGGCUGGCCACUGGCUGCCUGCAGCAGGAGGUCUCCUCCAGCCAUGUAGUGCCAACCACCCUGGGGCACUGCAAAUGAGUUUCACUGACCUAUCACCUCAUCAGGUAUUGCUUAUGCAUACAGACGCAUGCCAUCGCUGCUCUUUCUAAAAGUGCAAAGUACCUCUUGACAGUACUUUUUGUAUCAAUUUUGAUGGUAAAACUCUCACUUUAAUAUGAAAACCAACCUUCAAAUGCACGUAUGCUCAUUUGAACCAAGUUUGAAUGUUGAACUUGUGUGUUUAUUGUCCGCUAUGCAUGCCUUCUCAGUGUGAACAGAGUAUUUUCACACUGGACAAUGCCCAUGGACCUACAUCACAGAUUAGUAAAGGAUCACAAUACUUUGCUUCCUGAAAUGUGGUGGAUUUGUAGUAACGAGAUAUGUAUGUAUAUUAUACAGGUGAGCCCCAGAGAUGUGGUUGCUAGUGAUGUGGUUGGAGCGCUUGAGAUGUGUGCUCCUUCAGUUUCUGCUGAUGACUUGACAUGCUACAGCGAGUUCAUGGGCACUUCUAAGUUCACUGUUACUAGUUGAAAGACUCACCAUUCUGUAUGCAAUGUAUCCGGUGCAUAACAUUACGUAUACAUACGUCAGGCCCAGGCGCACACACCUCACCACAUUUUUAACUUCAUUUUUAACGAUGCCAAGCAACAAGAAUAAUUUUUUUUAGAAACGUUUUGUGCUUUGCCUUAAUAUAUUAAUAAGUUCCGGUUCCUGAAAAAAUGUGCAAGUCGCGCAUGUUGCACGCAUUCUUCGAUACUUGUAUUUUGAGCCAAAACGAUUCCUAAAUGUCCUGUUCCAUGUAAAUGGAGCUGACAUGCCUGAACAGGACAUGCAGGAAUUGUUUGGCUUCCAACAAGUUGUCAAUGCAUGUGUGACUUGUAUUUAAUGCACAUUUUCCCCGCUCCUAUAAUUAUAAUGGGACCAGAACAUAAAUAAAGGCUAAAUUAAUACUUUGUUCCUAGGGAUAGUAAAAUUAUGAAAAAUGUGUUGAGGUAAAAGUGAUCAAAAACUAGCAUAAAAUUAUCAACCAUUUGUAGCGGGGCUUUCGCUGGCAGCAGCAGUUCAAUAGGGGUGCUCAAGUCAGUAUGGAAGCUUGGAUCAUAGGUUACAGUGAUUACUUUUAUAGAUGGCAAGGGAGACAGAGUGACAGGGCUGUGGUGAACUGUGCAUGACAACAAUCAGGGUGACGUGUUUGUUUGUCCUGUAAGGCUCAGGUAACAUUGCACCACACUGCAACUCAAGUUGGGUAUUGCGUAAGCUUCAACCCAGCGUGUGAAAUAGUCACUGGCGACUAGGAUGUGGGUAUUGCCGGCAGCUGACUUGGGGAACGGGCCCAUGAUGUCAAUAGUGACCGCCUGUAGUGGACAGCCAGCUUUAAUGUUCUGUAGAGGAGCCCGAGCUUUUGUCGGUGGGUCUUUGCGUGAAGAGCAUAGUGUACAGGAGCGGCACGAGUCUGCGAUGUCAGUGUAGUGGCCAGGCCAGUAGGAUAUCUCUUUCAAGCAUGAGAGCGUCUUUUCCAUGCCCAAGUGACCACCACCAACUCCUUCACGAAGUAGCUCGAGUACCUGUUUCUUGGGAAUGAUUUGUUGUGCCAGUACGGUAGUUUCGUCAGCAUCACUCAAGCUGGUCCAAAAUUUGUAGAAGACGUGUAGUCUUCCGACUUGUUGCACCAAGCUCUCCUAAACUUGGUUUGCAUCCUUUCUCCUUUCCUUGCAGAAGUGGGCCAACCAUUGGAUCUGUUUGCUGGGCUCUCCACAGGUCUUCAGCAGGGUGGGUAGAACUUUAUUUUCCCUCACAUGCCGUAUAAAAAUACAAAAUCAAUCACCAGGUGUAAUCAAGAUAUUCGGAAUGAGUAGAUGUCCUUUAUUUUCUCUCACAUGCCGUAUAAAAGUACGAAAGCAAUCACUGGGUGUAAUCAAGGUGUUCCGAAUGAGUAGCUGUGCUUUAUUUUCUCUCACAUGCCGUAUAAAAGUACGAAAGCAAUUACCAGGUGUAAUCAAGGUAUUCCGAAUGAGUAGCUGUGCUU